AUGGAAUUUCUUGGCUGCUACAUGUUCAGUCAGAGAGAAAGAAAUAGUGGAGAGUCCAUGAUCACCUUAUAGUAUUUCACUGGAUGCCUCAGAAGAGCAGAUGGGAAUAGUGAGCAGUGGAUGAGCAAUGUAAGCUGUUCAUCUUCCCAAAUUAAUCCGAUGUGAAGCUUCCUUCCCAUUUGUGUGUUAUAGAUGGAGCUGCUGAAGGGAUUGCCAUGGCGCCGUGCUUUCCUGGCUGUCAUCCUGAACCUGCUGGCUCUCAGCCUGUCCACCACUGCCUUGCUCGGCAGCUACUGGUGCACCGGGACCCAGAAAGUGCCCAAGCCUUUGUGUGGGAAGAGCAAAGUCACCAAGUGCAUCGGUGUCCCCAUGCCGCCUGAUGCAGAUGCUAGCAAUGUUUCAUCCCAGGAUGUGGUGCACUACAGCUGGGAGACCGGGGAUGACCGCUUUGCCUUCAGAUACUUCCACACGGGGAUGUGGCUCUCCUGCGAAGAGAGCAUGGAAGGGCCAGAAGAGAAAUGCCGUAGCUUUAUUGAGCUUUCACCACCAGCAGAGAGAGGAAUCCUGUGGCUGUCGCUGGGAUCAGAGAUGCUGUACAUCAGCUUGCUGCUCAUUAGCUUCAUCCUCCUGAUGGUGGAAAUGCUGCAUACUGGCAAUCCUGUCUGUGGGUUGAAGCUCAACGCCUUUGCUGCUGUCUCCUCGGUGCUGUCAGGUCUCCUUGGGAUGGUGGCACACAUGAUGUACACUCAAGUCUUCCAGGCAACCGUUAGUCUGGGACCAGAGGACUGGAGACCACACUCAUGGGACUACGGCUGGGCAUUCUACAUGGCCUGGGCCUCCUUCACCUGCUGCAUGGCCUCUGCUGUCACCACUCUCAACACCUACACCAAGACGGUGCUGGAGUUCAAAAGGAACCACAUCAAGGGCUACGAUGGGAGCUUCAGGGAUCAGCCUCAGCACCACCAGUGCUUCAUACAGCAGCAAAUAAGGAGCUACUAUGAGCCCCAAGACAAGCCCCUCCAUUCAGUCUCUGAGGGAGUCGACUUCUACUCUGAGCUGCAGCGGAAAGUGCUACAGCGGGAACCAGAGCUGGAGCUGGAUGAGGUCUUGGGACAGAUGAUUGGGGAGGAUCGCUGUUAG